AUGGAAGCGGCAAGUAACGAAACUCACAAUUGCGAAACUAUGGAUCCGAAUCCAACCUCGAUGUGGAGUUCCAUUGUGAAGAAAGAUCCACCUUCAAAGCCUCCGUCUAACGACGGAGAUUCUUCAGCGAUUCUCGGGAUGGUCGGAAACUGCAAAUCCACCAAGGGAAUAUCUAUGGCGGUUGUUGAUGCUAACGCCGUCAUUGAUGGACGACAAAGCCUAGCCAACUUCGCCGAUAAGUUCGUUACUGUUCCUGAAGUACUCUCUGAGAUUCGUGAUUCUGAUUCUCGCCGUCGUUUAGCUUUCACACCAUUCAUUAUCGAAACCAUGGAACCUUCUCCUGAGUCUCUCAGUAAAGUUAUUAAAUUUGCAAGAGCUACUGGUGAUUUACAAACUCUAUCUGAUGUUGAUCUUAAACUGAUUGCUUUGACAUAUACUCUUGAGGCUCAAGUUCAUGGGACUAAAAAUCUCAGAGAUGUUCCUCCACCGAUUCAAACCGUUAGAGUAAAGAGAUUGCCUGAGAAGGAAUUACCUGGUUGGGGUUCCAAUGUGGCUAACUUGGAGGAGUGGGAAGCAUUAGAGAAAGAAACCGAGGAAAACUCCAACGCUAACUCGAAAAUCCUUCCGCUGAAAGACCUUGACUUGAACACCAUUCCUUCAGACAAUUGUUCUGAGGUUGGUUCGGUUGUGUCUCAUUCUGAGCAUCAAGAAGAUGAAGAAGGUGAGAGGAGGCGUAGGCGAUACCCGCCCAAGAAAACAGAGGUAAAGCUUGAAGGUAAGAUGGUAGUGGAGGGAAUUGAUGCAUCCAAGGGUGUGUAUGACGAUGAAGAUAGUGGUGAUUGGAGACCUGCGGUUAGUAGAAGUACUCACAGUAAGUUUCUUAGAAGAAAGGCGAGGUGGGAACAAUCUGUUGCCUUGGCUGAGAAAGAAAUUCAGCAAGAUCAAGAAGCUGACAAAGCUAAACAGUCGAAUCAAAUCUUUGAAGACGCCAAUGAAAGCUGUGCAAAAGAUGAGGAUCUUUCUUCCAUCCUAAAAGAAAUGAGGUUGGAGGAAGAUUCAUUAAAGGCUCUUCAAGAAGGGGAUGAUGAGACAAAUGCUGAAACAACUUUGAUCGAUGGUGAGGAUGAUAUCGAUGAUGAUAUUGAUGUCGAAGCCGAGGGGAUCGAUGUUGCAGAUCAAGGGUUAGAGAAUGUGGAGAUUGUUAGUGAGGCUGGGGAUACCGUUGAGGUAUCAUCGAUUGCAGAUGAUGGUAGCAGCGAGCAGAGUUGGUCGUUAAGAGCUUUAUCUGAGUCCAGUGUAGCUUGUAUUACCGGUGACUAUGCAAUGCAAAAUGUUAUUCUUCAAAUGGGGUUGCGUUUGCUUGCACCCGGUGGAAUGCAGAUUCGUCAGUUAAGCAGGUGGAUCUUGAAAUGCCAUGCUUGCUACACAGUAACUCCUCAAAUUGGAAGAAUCUUCUGUCCCAAGUGCGGGAAUGGUGGCACUCUACGCAAGGUAGCGGUUACAAUAGGCGCAAAUGGCACCAUCAUAGCUGCUCGUAAACCACGUAUUACACUUCGAGGGACCAAAUAUUCGAUACCAAUGCCUAAAGGAGGAAGAGAUGCAAUCACGAAGAAUCUUGUUCUACGGGAAGAUCAACUCCCUCAAAAGUUUCUCCAUCCAAGGGCCAAGAAGAAAGCAAGCAAACCGGGAGAUGAGUAUUUUGUAUCAGACGAUGUGUUCAUGAACCAUCAUAGUGAUAAAAAGGCACCAUUGCAGCCACCUGUGAGAAAAGCUAUGCAGGUUUUCAGUCAGAAAAGAAACCCUAAUGAUAACCAUUACUCUCGUUCUAUGCACUGA